UUCCUUAGAAACCAGGCGGUGCGUUCCCGGUGCCUGCGCUUUAGGUUCCGGGGCCCGCGCGUCUCCGCCAGCCUCCGUCUUUGCCGGCGGGUGGUGGUCGAGACCGGUCCGGACCCAUGGUCUCCGGCACAGCGUGGGACGGGCGAUGCCAGCAUGCCAGGAGCCAUGUUUGACCAGGACUGUGGGAAGGUCGUAUUCAUGCUGGAGGCUCUUGUGAGGAGAUGAGUUGGUGAACAGAGAAGCCGGCAUGAAGAUGCUCCCAGGAGUAGGCGUGUUUGGGACCGGCAGCUCUGCCCGGGUUCUAGUCCCACUGCUGAGGGCAGAAGGGUUCACCGUGGAGGCCCUGUGGGGGAAGACUGAGGAGGAAGCGAAACAGCUUGCCGAGGAGAUGAACAUCACCUUCUACACCAGCCGGACCGAUGAUGUCUUGCUGCAUCAAGACGUGGAUCUUGUGUGCAUCAAUAUACCCCCUCCACUCACCCGGCAAAUAUCUGUGAAGGCUCUAGGUAUUGGGAAGAAUGUGGUUUGUGAAAAGGCAGCAACUUCGGUGGAUGCCUUCCGGAUGGUGACAGCCUCACGCUACUACCCGCAGCUGAUGAGCCUGGUGGGGAAUGUGCUGCGCUUUCUGCCUGCCUUCGUGCGCAUGAAGCAGCUGAUUGCGGAGCACUACGUGGGCGCAGUAAUGAUCUGCGAUGCCCGCAUCUACUCAGGCAGCCUGCUCAGCCCCAACUAUGGCUGGAUCUGUGACGAGCUCAUGGGCGGUGGGGGCCUGCACACCAUGGGCACCUACAUUGUGGACCUGCUGACCCACCUGACUGGCCGGAGAGCUGAGAAGGUGCAUGGGCUCCUCAAGACCUUUGUGAGGCAGAAUGCAGCCAUCCGUGGCAUCCGACAUGUCACCAGUGAUGACUUCUGCUUCUUCCAGAUGCUCAUGGGUGGAGGCGUGUGCAGCACAGUAACACUUAACUUCAACAUGCCGGGUGCCUUUGUGCACGAAGUCAUGGUGGUGGGCUCUGCAGGACGCCUUGUUGCCAGAGGAGCUGACCUCUAUGGGCAAAAGAACUCUGCCACGCAAGAGGAGCUGCUCCUGAGGGACUCAUUGGCUGUGGAUGCAGGGCUGCCCGAGCAGGGUUCCCAGGAUGUCCCACUGCUCUACCUGAAGGGCAUGGUCUACAUGGUGCAGGCCCUGCGCCAGUCCUUCCAGGGGCAGGGGGACCGCCGCACGUGGGACCACACCCCUGUAUCCAUGGCCGCCUCAUUCGAGGAUGGGCUGUACAUGCAGAGUGUGGUGGAUGCCAUCAAAAGGUCGAGCAGAUCCGGGGAGUGGGAGGCCGUGGAGGUGCUGACAGAAGAACCUGACGCCAACCAGAACCUAUGCGAAGCGCUCCAGCGGAAUAAUCUGUGAGCCUGCACUUGGGCUCCCUGCCGUGGGGCAGAGGGGAUGGGGAGGGACCAGAAGCUGAGACAAGUGGUCUUGGCCACUGCGCACAUAGUGUGUUUCAAUUUGUGAGUCAAUUGGGCAGGGUUCUGGUGACGCCCAAGGUGGCCUUGGGAAAACAUGCCCUGCAAUAUUCAUUUACUCCUCAGACUUGGAGGGUGGUGACAUAGCUGAGGGCUAGCAGCUCCCACCGUGUACCCGAGUGGAGCUGCCCCCAGGGCUCUGCAUAGUCGUGCUGUUGAGCAGAGCCAGAAAAGCUUGACUUGGAAGCUGCUUCAGCCUAUUUGUGGUCCUAACUAGGUGAGAAAGCACAGCAAGGACCCAGCUUGGCUGAUUCCUCGGGCCUGAGGGAAAGUGACAAGAAGCCUUGUUUUCAUGCCCUUCCUGGGCUAGAGCAUCUCAGGAAUGGUGAGGGCAGCAAGUCAUCCCUGAGGGAUCCGUACCUGCCCUCCUUCCUAUAUGACCAGCCCCUUCCAGCCUCCAGGCUGCCCCUUCUUUGGCAGGAAGGUAUGGAUUCUUCAUUGGGUAAGCUCUCAGGAGCUAUUGACCCAGGGCAAAGGGUCCCUGAUUUGGUGGAGAGGAGACAGGGAGAGUUCUGGAAUAUCUGAUAAAUGUUCAUAAAUAAAUCAGAAAGUCUGACACUA